AUGGAUGGAAAACCCAGAUUCCAGGAUUCCAAUUCCGACCUCCGACUCCGACAAGCACGUUCAUCCAAGGCCCACCAGGGGGCCGCAACUGUACGACAUCCCUAUCUCGCAAAAGGCUUGGGUGCUGUGUGCUCCACCAUGGAAAUUUCUUCUGCUGCCUUUUUACCGGUACCUACUACCACUCUGAUUGAAGGGUUUGCCUGGGUCAGCUUUUCAGCUGAUGACACAAUUGCACGACGCAACGCUGCUACACGUGCUCUCCACCGUCGCACAUUGCUGGCGUGUCUUGACUGGCAUUUGCACAGUACAUCGGUCAACUCAGCUCCAUGCUUGUUCUACGCGACCUCGUGCACGUCGUGUUUGGACGGAAAUAGCAACGUGGUGAGAUGCUUGAUCGACCGCUAG